AUGGUCAAGGAGAAUCAAGAUACCCAGCAAACAUUGGCGGAGCUUGCAACUAAUAUUUCCUUGCCAACCAAGAAGUUUGAUGAGACCCAGAUUAAGAAGGUAAAUGUUUGUGAGGAUAAGUCAGGUCUGCCAAAGGGGAUGUACCAGGCCCAAGAGGGUCCGUUUCACGAGGGACCUCCUAUGCAGGUUGAAUACGCUAACUAUGUGAAUAAUUCUCAAGAGGGUUAUCAAAGACAGAACUACCAAGGUGGUUGCCAGAAUCAGAAUCAAUGGAGACCUCAGCAGGGUCAGGGUGCCUACAACAACAACAACUCAGGGAACUAUAAUAAUAAUUAUGGUGAUACAAUCCAAGGGAGCUACAACAACAACAACAAUUUUGGGAAUAAGUGUUCUAAUCCUUAUAUACCACCGAAAGGGCAAUCAACAGAGCAAGGUAGUUCGAGGGUUGAAGCAAUGCUUGAGACGGUUCUGGCAAAUCAAUCAAAGUCUGAGAGGACAUUAUAUGGGCUAACGGAGACAGUGGGUUCCUAUAAAACAGCUAUUCAGAAGCUCGAGUCACAGAUGCGUGAUAUUUCUAGACAGCAGGACCCUCCUAAAAAGGGAGGACUUCCUAGUGAUAUUGUUCCAAAUUCGAAGAACGGGAGAGGCAGUGCAGACUAUGAAGAGAAAGAGGUGCAGUCUGAAGCACCAAUUAUUGUUGAUGAGAAUCCUACUGACAAGAAGGUUGCUGGGUUGGUGAAGAAGAAGGAAGAUGAUAAGUUCAAAAUUUUUUAUGAUCAGCUGAAGCAGUUGUCUUUGAAUUUUCCUUUCUUGGAAGCUGCUAAAGAGAUGCCCGAUUUUGCUAAAUAUUUGAAGGAUCUGCUGACCAAGAAGAAAACGGUGCAACAUGAUACCGUGAGUUUGACUCACACUGUGAGUUCCAUCAUUUCGAUAACUCUUUGUUCAGAAAAAGGGAGAUCCUAG